UUUUUUUGUCGUCCAAAAGUGCCGUAUAAAAAUGUUUUAAGUUAACCCCACAAACCCGGCCAUACCCAAAGCACUGAAGUAGCGAAAUUGGACACAAUAGUCGAAAAACCAAACUCAAAACCAUACGAAUCCUGUACAUUAAAGCCAACCAUUAUUUUAACCUGUGUCGUAUUGCCGUAGUAUUAGUGUGCGGUGGUGUAUGUGUGCGCGUGUGUGUCUCCCCUCAGUCCGAAUCGCGAAAUCGAGAAUAGAAAGAUGUGUGUGCUGCUCCGGUAGUGGUAGUGUGGCGAGCUAUAAGCGUGAAAUUAACACACCACAAGAAAAUACGCGAAUCUAAAUUCAAUAAUCGAAACUAAGCCGCCGCCAGUUAACCUCCUCCUGCUGCUUUCCCCCUCCCCCACCCAGAGACAAAUAAAACAGCCAACACAAUGCAACCCUCGCCGCUGCAUUACUCGACGAUGCGGCCACAGGCUCCCGGAUCGCUGGUCGAUCCCUACGAGGACGAACUUCGCAUGGCGCCCUGGUAUUGGGGGCAAAUCACACGCGAGGAGGCAAAGAAUAUACUGCACGGAAUGCCCGAUGGCAGCUUCCUGGUGCGCGAUGCGCUCUCCAAGAAGGGGGAAUACACACUGACACUGAUGAAGGACGGAAACGAGAAGCUGAUAAAGAUCUGCCACAUCAAUGGCAUGUACGGGUUCAUUGAGAAGAAACUGUUCAAUUCGGUGGUGGAUAUGGUCAACUUUUACAAGGCCAACUCCCUGAAUAUGUACAACAAGACGCUGGACAUAAUGCUGAGCCAUCCGAUUGUGCGAACCUACGAGGAGGAUGACGCCCAUCCACAUGGGGAUCUUGGACUGCUGAGCAACGAGUUUAUACGCACAUCGCAGAUGCUGCAGCAGCUGGAACAGAACCUCGAUCAGAAGAAGAACUCCUUCAAUGCCAUUCGGGAGGAGCUGCAGGAAAAGAAGAUCCAUCAGGGCGUGUUUGGGAAUGCCGAGAAGAUAUUUCGCGAUCAAAUCAAACUCAACGAAUCGGUGAUGAAGACACCCGCCGCCGCAGAGAGCAGUGCCCCUGAAAGCGGAGGAGCAUCAGCACUCGGGACGGCCGCUGGUACGGCUGGGACCUCCGCUUCGGCCUGCAGCAACAAUGCCAAUACCCGACAGAGCCUCCAGGAGAACCAGGCCCAUCUCCUCGCUCUACUCGAAAUCAUGCAGGAGAAGAUGCAACAGCUGAACCACUACAUGGAGUGCAAGAAGAAGGAGGAGCUGCUGCUCGAGCGUCAGAUCAAUGCCACCAAGCCCGAGCUGCAGAUGCUGCAGUUGCGCAAGGACAAAUAUAUUGAGCGCCUGAAAGGAUUCAAUCUCACGGAUGACGAUCUGAAUGCCAUACUCGAGAUGGGUUUCGCGAACUGGCGGCAACAGUACGAGAGUGUCUUGAAUUUGCCACACAGGAACGAGUCCUACUGGUUCCUGAAGGAUGCAACGCGUCGUGAUGCCGAGGAGCUGCUCCGCGGCUCACCCUCUGGAACCUUCCUCAUCCGUGCCCGCAAUGCCGGCCACUAUGCGCUGUCGAUUGUGUGCAAGGGCAAUGUUCAGCAUUGCAUCAUCUAUGAGACGGAGAGUGGCUUUGGUUUUGCGGCACCCUACAACAUCUAUCCCACGCUUAAGAAGCUCGUGGAGCACUAUGCCACAAAUUCGCUGGAGGAGCACAACGACACGCUGACCACGACGCUGCGACUGCCUGUGUACUACUGGGAGCAGAACAGGGCCCAGAUACUCGAAGAGCUGGAGAUGGAACGAGAGCAAGAGGCAGAGGCGGCGGCGGCUUCGGCACAGACAUCGCUGGGCAGCAGCAGCACCAGCACCAGCAGUGCGCCCAUACCGACGCCCAGGGCACGUUCUGAUCAGGAUCAGGUGGAUGGUGGGGAAACGGAGACGCCACCGGCCUCAAUUUCGCCAUCAAAUUUUAGCACAUCGCAGUAGGCACGCCACCCCACACACACACACACAAACACACACAAACACACAAAGCCCUUAACCUCACAGGCUAGCUAUCGUAUCUAUAUCUAUCUCUAUAUCUCUCUCUAACCUCUCGCGCUCCGCUAUAAA